AUGCCGAUCGUCUUGCCGAGGAACGCGGCGAAGAUCGUAAAGCUUUCAUCCAAGUUAGCCGCAGCUGAGGUGGCCGUAGUGGAGGCACAUGAGGCUAAGGCGGCGAUGGACGCAGCCGAACGGUCACAUAAGGCUGAAGUGCGGGAGGCGAAGGCGAAAGCCUUGGCUGACUACCAAAACUCGGAGGAGUUCACGGCUCUGCUCGACAAAGAGGUCAUGGGUCAGUGCGACGACCUCGUGUACCGAUUCAAACGGUAUAAUGCUGACAUGAAGCUGAGUCUGAACUUCCUUCGGGAUCCUUCUCCGUUGCCCCAGGGCGUCAUUGAGGAGAUGCCUCUGCAGCUGAUGCCGAUUCCUCAGAUGACACUGACUCGAGCAGUGAGAAGGAUGAGGCCGUGCCUACACCGCUUGCUGUCGAUGCCUCUACAGCCGAUGCUGACGAUCCUCCCGCACAGCGUAACCGAUUGCAUAGAAUAG